AUUGAAUAUAUGCCAUUCGUAGUUAAAUACUGACGAGAUCUUUUUCACGGAGAAAUUUUGAUUACUUGAGCAGUGUUGCUGUUGUGGUCUGACCGGAUUUGCGUACUAAGGCAUCGUCAAGUUAAAUCCUGGCAACAGCUUUCUUCACGGAGAAACUUUGGUGGUGGUUGUACAAAUCACUUGAACAGUUUUGCUGUUGUGUUCUGACCGGCCCUGGCCUAUUAAGGCACCGUAAAGCUUGACGACCUGUUUGUGCAACGUUUCGUUAAAUCUUACUGCCUUUGGAGCAUGGAGGACGAGCUGCAAAAUGAGCUGGAUGAGCCAAAACCAACGUUCAUUCCAAGUAAUCUGUAUCGGCUAAUUUACAAAGCUCACGAUUCUUAUGAUAUAGCGUCGGAACAAUUGGUAUUUGACGAGGAGCAGCUUUACAGGCUGUGCAAAGAUCAUACCAAAACAUCCGUGCAGACUUGUUCAAGAACCAACAGAAAGAGAAUUCGCUUUGAAGAGCUGACGAAUGAGUACACUGUUGUUGGAAUGUGCGGUCAAUGCUUACUUAUCGCAGAGUAUUUACUGCAAAGAAACGAAAUUUCCGACAGUUUUUUAAAAUCUUUACAGAAAGAUGCAAGCAGUCUGCCGUUUGGUUUGUACUUUUGUACUUCAAAGGGCGAAUAUCCUGCUCUCUGCAUUCUUUGGAAUCCCAAUGAUUCCAGUGCGUUUGAGUCAAAAGCGUUAGUAUUGCUUAGAAUAUUGUGUCAACUAACUUCUGCAUUGUGGGUAUUUGACAAUACUAAUAUUGAAACUCUGAGGGGUGUUGCAACGAAAGAUACUGAAGUGAAGCUUUUGACAACAGUGAUGAAACAAGAUGAUUUUGAGGAAUUGGUUGGUAACGCUCCGUUUGUACUGAAGGGUGAGUCUAAAAUCGACAAUAAUGGCUACCAAGUCAUCUCUAACAAUACGAGAUUUUGUCUUCUUUCUGAGACGCUUGGCGUUAGAGUCGAAGACAGGACGGAAUCAAAGCCACUAGUGUCAGACUGCUAUUCAAGAUGUGGCGAUUUUACAGAUAUCGUUAGGCAGUUGGAAAACUAUUUAGUAGAGUUUGAAAACAGUUUUACAACUCUAUUUGCAACAAAUUUGACUCAAGAAAGGCUCAACCUGAGCCCCAACUUGGAAAAAAAAUUGAAAGGAGCUGAAGAGUUGCUGCUUUCUCUGUGUCCAACGGCAGAAUUUAUGUUUAGAAAGCAAGAGGCUCUUUCUCUCUUAACUCAGAGGUUAAGUACAGCCUUGAUAGAUGAACCACCUGACCAAUCGUGCGAUUCCCAAUUAUACUUUUGUAAAACGUGUGAUAGUAUCAGCGCAGAAUCUAAAUGUAGUCCAUGCGAUGAAACGGGUGUUCGGGCUGACGAACGGUUUGUAGAGGAAUGGGAUCGCUUGUCUAAACAGAAGGAUAAAGCCAAGGACAUGAAACCUUCUGAUAGCCUUUUACAAGAUUUGAGCGAAUGCAUUGCGUUUCUGGAACUUUUAGAAACUGCCACGUCCAAAGCUGCUGACAAGCUAAAAGCUAGCACGAUGAAUUCCAAAGAAUUUGGACAAGCAUUUUUUGGCUUCUUAGAAGAACCAAAACCAGCAAGCGGUAAACCGCAGCAUAUUCGCUGGCUAAUAAAAACAGCUAAGUCCAGCUGGUCUAGUUUGAAGAAAAUAACAUGGUUUAGUGCGGAAGAACGUACUGACAUCAGCCACAAAAGCCACCCAACUGCUCUAGAGACAUAUACUACACACAGAUCACAUCUUUUGUGCAAAGUUGUUUUUAGGAGCGACUCUGAUGUAGCUAAACUUCAUUUUACUAGUUUCGAUACUAACCCAGGCUGUACUAAUUUUUCUUUGUCUGGUAAAGUUACCAUUACUUCUCAACCUUUCCUAAUGGUGCACAAACGUUCCUCUCAGCUGUGCUGUGAUGCUGCUGCAAAUGAAGUCCUUUUUUGUUUUUUCAAUUCUCGCGAUUAUGUUUGCGUCAUAUUACAGAACCGAAUUAGCUUGGAUAAGGCUAUUUCUAUCUAUUCAAUUUCGAAUCGGCGCACUCCUUCCGUACAUGCUCUUCCAACUAGCGUGCAAUGCAUUCAGCAUGCUGCUUAUAUGUCUGAUGAGCUACAUCUUAUAGCCAUGGUUUCUAGUUCGGUAGAAAAAACCGUAACACCAAGUUUUGCUUCGAUUCAAGUAUUGUCUAACGAAAAGGGCAGUGGAGACUAUUUUUCAUUUCCCGUAACUCGAAUGUCAAAGUCCAAAGAACAGUUGAAGAUAAAAAGAAUACAGUUUAUUCCACGUUUGAGACUUCUAAGCAUUUUAUACGAAGACUCGUUGGUUCAUAUUUGGAAAGUUGAUUCUCCAGAGUUGCGCUUCAGAGUUACUUUCCCACAAACUUUCGACUGUUUAUCUUAUUCUCCAGAUGGCUGCUAUUUCUUACUUGCCCAAACCAUCGAUAGCAAGCAACUUAACAUUUCUGCCUACCGGAUGUGUACAGUCCCAGGAGACAGACAAGUAGACGAGACUUGUCGUCUGUCAUCGAUUAAUGUGUGCGCAAGUUUGGAUUGCUUACUAUCAGAUUGCUACUUUCUUGCUACAGCCGUUACCAAAGAUGAAAUUAGAAUAUCGUUUGUGGGCCCCAAAACUACUGUUUUUCAGCAUUGUAAUUUUCCACUGGACCAAAGGAAGAUUGAUACCAAAUUGGUCACUGGCGAUGAACGCAAAAUUAGCAAAACGCCUCUUGAGGCAUUUCAGACUGCUCUCCGAGACUGUUUCCGUGUAUUUCCCACUACGACUCCAUGUGACUCAAAAGAUUUAACAUUUUCUGAAAAAUUGGUAGUAGUACGACAAGACAAUGAAGAUUUGUCAGAUCUCUCAGUUCUCUUGAGAAAAUGGCUUGGAUCACAAAUCGUUUCCGCUGUCAAAGAGCAAGGAAAAAGUGUAAGGAAAUUAAAAUUUGUAAAGAAUGUUUUUGUGAAGUCGAUGAAAAAUUUGAAUACCCAAGAAUAUUCGAGGAAGUCUAUUUUCGGAACUUUGAUAAUCGAACUUAUUUGUUUGCUACCUGUGCAGAUAGUUCGAGCAAAUGAAAGUCACGUUUUGCCAAUUAACAGCGGGUUAAAGGUCAUGACUUUAGAAAGGUUGUCACGUGUUUUGAAUCGAUCAAACCUCUGUGAUGGUAUGGAUUUUGGUCCAAUCGAGUCAGUGAUAGAGCACUAUGGAGGUCGUGUCAAGGUGAUUUCUAACAUCGGUCGUUCUUCGACAGGAAAGAGUUAUCUUGGAAAUCAUCUCUUCGGAUCACUCUUUGAGGUAGCGGCUACCAAAUGUACCAACGGUGUUUGGAUGUCUUGUCAUUGUAUGUCGACAUGUCGGUGUAACAACUGUAUGGAAAUUUCAGAAGAUUGUCGCCGUCCCACGCUUUUAGUUGCGUUUGAUGUAGAAGGGUUUGACUCGAUAGAUCGCGUGCUUAGGGGCGACACUCUGUUGUCUCAGUUAAUCUUUUCUCUUAGUUCAGUAAUCUUUCUAAAUAUGAGUGGAAAGGCAUUGGACAGAGGCAUUCAAAAAAUGUUGAAAAACUUUGCAUCUGGAGUCUCUGCGAUCUGUACAGCCUCUAUGGAUAGACCUGAAGGUCACCAGUUGUCAGAAAACACUAGUUUGAAAUAUGGAAAUUUCAUUUAUGGCGACAUUGCUCUAUUUGAAGGAACUUUUGUGCCUUUGUUAAAGGAUAUACAGGCAGAUGAGAUCGAUAGUUUGAGUUUUCAGAUUCACGAUGAAAUGAUUGAAACUAAAAACAGAACUCCCCAACUGAAAAUUCUGUUUAAGAAAACAGCAUCUGCAGUGUUACGGACUUUCCAAACCCAACAAUACUACAAAGAUGUUGAACAACUAUACUUGCAUGUUGUAGAGCCGUCUUUGUGUCUAUUUCAAAAUGGAGCAUGGUUUUUACGAAAAGUAAGAGCUGUGGUAAGGCAAUUGAUGACUAACGAGAAUAGGUCUCUUCAAGAUUACUUCGUUGACACAACAAAGCAGCACGUGACAGAGGCCAUUGAAGAUGCUUUGGUGAGAGGCAGAUUCUCUUCGUUUGCUGGUGAAAUCGAAAUAUCUGACGAUAGUCGAAUUAGCACGAAGCCGUUUGUUGUAGAUGUUACUCUUAGAAAACCAACCUCAAUCGGCAAGAAAUACUUUUUGGUUGGUUAUUGGAAGGGUCAGGCUGUGUUUGCUUGUAAAGGCUUUUGCAACUUUGUAACAAGACUGUGUCUCGACAGCGAAAAAGGCGAACUUUCUGUUGAAAGAGAUGCGUCGAAUGUGCCUUUGUCACAUGUUGUAGUAUCUUCAACAGGAGAAAUUGAUCCAAAAUUUGCCUCUGCAAACGAAUUCAAUUUGAUAGAACGUGAUGACUUUUUUGUAUUAGAAGACACUUAUGAUGGAGCACAAAAAUUCUUGCUGCAAGUGCUUGACAUGUUUCGAAAGGGAAGCGAGAGAACUGAAAGCAAUGAGAAGAAUGAGUGGCAGCCGAACUUUGUUGACUUUAUCUUAGAGAUUGUAGAAAGGCGCUGUAAUAGAGUGAAGUUGUGGCUUGAAGUAUUGGCUAAGGAAGUACAUGUUGAGAAAGAAGCGUUUACUAGAAUUAUGCCGCCUGCGGUCCACCAUCGCUAUAAGAAUUUUUCUGAGUGGUUUCGCAUUUGUGGUGCAGCGUGUGGUGUACAAAAUUGUCGUUUUACUUGCUUACUGCCUUGCACACAUGCUGUUGGAGAAAGGAACCGCCAUAACUGCUUAAACAAGGUACAUUUGUGCCAAAAGGAUUGUGUUUAUGGUUGUAAAGGGGAAGACGGUGAAAAGGCAAGGUGCACAAAAGGGGCUGGUCAUCACGCUAUUUCCGGAGAUGUUGAACACAAAUGCAGUUCGGAAAAUCAUCAAUGCUUGCAAAAAUGUCGUUUACUAAAAAAUGGUUGUAAAGAGAGAUGCAACAAGUCAGCAAAGCACGAUGGAGUUCACGACUGUGGAAAUCGGCAUAAUUGCCCGAACAAGUGCAAUGUACUAUUUUGUCCCGCCGAAUGUAAGUUUGGAAUUGACUGCCAGCACAGCUUGUGCCUUUGCAGCGAGCCUCGUUGCAAUUAUCUGUGUGAAUUGCCUGGUUGCUUGAAUUUUUGUGUGCAAGUUCAUGGACAUGUGUCAGACAAUUCUAGGCCACAUCUUUGCGGACAUACUCACGAAUGUCCUGCUCUUUGUCAACAUGUAGGUGUCUGCGAACGGAUGAACCGAUCUGACGAAACUCUGAUAUUGUUUACUCAUGUUAGCUCUGAAUCACAGGAAAUCGUUGAGGCUUCUAAAGAGUAUUGUAUACAGACUUCUAAAGUAGCCAAGUGCAGUAACGUCAUAACCGUUUCAAGUUUCAGUCAUGAAAAACAGCACAGUUGUAGAGGAGACCAUACUUGUCAAGCAAAAUGUCCCCUGUGUCGUAAACUUUGCACUAAAUCUGUGAACGAAACGGGUAGCCAUAGGGGAAGACAUGGUAUUCAAAAUGGACAUGGCUUAAUGUUGCAUUCGUAUCUGGCUGGAAAUAGUAAUCAAAACCCAAUAAAAAGUAGCGAUAACGGAACCAAAUACGCUAUAUCCGAUUUCUUGUAUAAGGAAACUUGUGCUGAAGUUUGUUUGAUAGACGCUUUCGGAGGAAGGGGACAUUCUCAUGUUUGUAACAUAGAUGACGAUCCAAAUUUGAAUUCUUUGCAAUAUCGCCCUUUGGAAACAGAAUUGAUUCCUGACGAUGGUUACCAAAAAGGUUUAUGUUCUCACGAAGACUUUUGGAUACGUAUGGAAUUUGACGAUCCUUGCCGCAACGAAGAGUUCAAUAUGUGUCGCGCUCGUUGCGGAAUUUGUGAAAGUAGUUACUGCACAAGAAAGCUUGGACACAUUGACGAAAAUGAGCAUAACCAAUCAAGCGCUUGUCUAAACGAGCGUUGCUUUGUGUCUUCUGAUGGGCAUCAUUUUGAAUGCAAUCAUACUCCCAAUUUUCAUAUAGUAUUUGUUUUUGAUACUUCGGCAUCAAUGACGACAUCGGACUUUCAGCCUCCUUCUGAUAUUCGUGUCCAUGAAACCUGCCAAAACCGAUUUGGAGCAGUGCUGUGGUGUGCAUUAGAGAUGCUUCGGUCUCAUCAAUGGAUAGCAAACAGAUGUCAAGUGACCAUGGUAACGUUUUCAUCCGAAGGACUUGCAAUAUUUAAGCGAAAAUCACUAUAUGAAGCAGAUAAAACGUUUUCUGACAUUUUGCAGAAUGGAACUAAUAUACCAUCUUCCCAAUCUUUCCUAUCGAGCUUAAUGAUAGCUAAUGCAGACUCUGUUAGCAAUGACAAAGAUAUUACAUUAGAAGGAAAUACGUCGUUUGCAGAGGGUCUGAAAGAGGCCAAAUCUGCUAUUGAAGAAAACUUGAAAUCGGACGAAACUCCAGUUAUUGCGUUUUUCUCUGAUGGUCACAACAAUGCAUCCGAUAACAGUGAUAUCGAAACGCAAAUAAGGAAAAUAGGAAAUUUAAAUUGCAAACCUCCUAGAAUGUAUUUGGUUUACAGCGAAACAAAAGCUGUUGAUUUAUUGCUUAAGAUGAAAAAUUGGCUUGAAGAGGAAUUCGUUGGACAGAGGUCUUCUUGCAAAGUAGAAUGUUGUCCGUGCGGACGGACAUGGAAUGGAUUGAGAGAUCAGUUUAUGAAAAUAGCACAAGACUGCGCACAAAGCCAGUUUGUUGUUCCACUAAUUGAUGGCUACAAUCAGCAAGUCGAAUGGCUUUGUAUUCAGGAGCAAUCUGAUACAGAUAGGUUACAGUCACGGCCAGCUCGAUUGGUUUUGUCAAGUUCUGUCUACUUCAAACUUCUUGUCUUUUUGCGACCAAUCUGGUCUAGAUACGCAAAACAAACUUCGCACAAAGAUCAUGGCCGGGAACGACAAGAUACCUCUGUUUUACUUUACGGGAGUUCUCAUGAUUGCCUGAAUGAGAUUAUGAAAGACUUGGCAUCGUCUCAUGGUUUCUAUGUUGAUAAAACAGACUUGAAUGGCCUUUCUGGAGCAGAACAACGUGAUGAAAUUAGAAACGCUUUUAAAAGAGGUAGGUCAGCAGCUUCUGGUUCUAGCGUUUUACUUCUGUUUAGCCAAUUGGAUUUAGCUUUUUACAAUUGGGACGGUUAUAAUGCUGACAAUGGAGAACCAGAAUUUCUGCUUCAAUUGGCUCUCCUCAAACUGCAACCUCCUAGAAACGUAGAUUUGUGCGUUUGUUGCACAUCUUCAAACCCGUGGGUUAUUAGUAAUCCAGUUUUGAGCAGCUUUAGUUUGCUUGUGGAAAUUUCUCAUCCUACAGGAAAAGAAAUCGGCAAAAUCGUCAAUUGCUGCUUUUCCUCUGGUAUUCAGGAAACACGAAAUCGCAUUCAGCACAAACUUAUGGGCUCUAGUUUAACUAGCGUUUACAAGUGUUUGAAAGAAAUCGGCGGCAAUGUCGACGUUUUGUUGCAGGAUGACUUCAUUUUGGAAAGAGCUGAAGAAAACCGUCGUACAGAUUUUGUUCCUGAGCAUCUUUGCAAUCGGAUUAAAACUAAACAACAGGCACUUCGGUAUUUCGAUGGUAAACGGAGACUUUUAGAAAUGAGCCGUUAUCCCCAACAUUGCGGUAUAUUAGUCGAGUCCGAUAUAUUUCGCUAUUACUCUGCUAAACUGCCCCGCGAACAGAUUUUGUCGACUCUCAUUGGAGACCACCAGUACAAAAGCAUAGAAGUGCACUGUAGGCAAAAUGGAUCUCCUGGGAAUGUGAGUUGUGUUGUCAUUGUUGGUCCUAACGAUGCUCUGAGUCAUUGGAUCUCUUCCUUUAUUGCUCACAAAGUAGCAGGAUGGUACACUUGGAUUGCAGCAAAUACUUUGAAAUUUUGCUCUUUGCAGCAAAUCUUUUUUCAAUCGCUGCUUGAUACCACAAACAAUUCUGUAGUUAUCUACGCUGAGAGUCUGGAUACGGCAUCCAAAAGUAACUUAGAAUUUUUGCAUCGCCUAAUAGAUAACUUGUUGAAGCGUAAGAAACGCUUACAAAUGGUUGUCAGUGUCAGUAAGAAUAUGGAAAACGAAGCAAGAAAGAUAAUAAAAAAUUCUGGAUGGUCGCUUGAUGCCACUAUCAGACAUGAUCUAUUCGUUCCAUUGAACGCGGAACGUACUCGUCAGUGCUUGAAUCUACUUCUUGAUAUUAACUAUUCUAAUUGGAGCAGCAUGAGUGAUCAACACCUUUCUUGGAUAGCUUCGAUGACUAAAGAAAAAAGCUUUGAAGAAGUGUUUAAUAUACUUAAUAUGGCUUUUGAUCGUACACUGGUAGACUAUGUUGACUGUACGCAUGUGCAAGCGGUUGCUGUUACUUAUAACGAACCAAAACCACCGAUGAACGGUCAUUAUUUUAUUGCAUCGACCUCUAAAGCAAUUUGUGCCGUCCCUCUGACAGAAAACAUCAGCAGACAAGCUGAAUUCAAAUUGACUCCUAGACGUCUAGCCGUGGAAGAUGUUGCGUUGGUCUUAAAACUUCCAUAUCGAUUUACUCAUGAGAAGCUAGCGAAAACUGAAAGAAGCUGCGUAGAGGAAAUUGAGAAGAGAAUUAUUAAGAUCUCGUGUGACCAUGCAGUUGUGUUUGCGGAAAGGCAUGUGGGAUCGGCAGAAAAUGAAAGUACCAAUAAGUAUUGUAAAUCUAUGGCUGAAGAGUUUGUAGUUGCAGAUAGUGACAGUGAAGCUGCAAGCAUGGAAAUUUCAGAUAUGGACAAUUGUAAUCCUACUGUAGCCGACCAAACUGCCGUUAGGGACGAGCACCCAUCAGGUCUGCAGGAACUUAGUGAGUUACAUGACGUGGUCAGUGAAGCUUCAGAAGAGGACAGUGCGGACACAGAUAAUUUGGCAGCAGGUUUUUCUGAGAUGACGGCAUUUUUUUGUUCUCCUGGUAAGGCGGAUCCUCCUUGCACUUUAGCAAAUGGAGAAUACAAACUGAGCCCUGUGUUUUACUUUGGGAAAUUUCGCAAAUCUGACCGGUUUGAAAGACUUCGAGUAUCCGUCACUUUGCCAGAUGGAUUUUCACGAGUACACUCUAACGUUUGUUUGUGGCACAGUUCAACUAACGAAUACCAGUUGCCCAAUUGGAAGAAGGUCAUCUGUCGCUGGACAUCUGCAGAAAAGCGCAACAUAUCAUUUAAGACAAAGGACCUUUUUGGGUUAUGGGCGUUGACAAAGUGCCAGUCUGGACUUUGUAACACCAUUUCUGGUGAUUUCGUGGCUUGUUUGUAUGCCGCAGAGUGUCCGAAGGAAGGAACCGGAUGGAAGUUUAGAGUAUAUGUACUACCAAACGAAAAACUACAGAUUUUAGACAACUUGGAAAAAAGUCGAAUUCGCGUUGGGUACCGAGUCGACGGUCCGCGCGAGGCAAAAACUAAUUCUCAACAGUUGAGUGUUGCAUGCAAUGUCGGCAGCGGAUGGCGUCUUGCAAACGACAUGAAGGACACCGUACCAGAGCACAGCGGAAGACCUCGUAGUUGUCCUAAGCCACUCGAGUACACAAUUGAUCGCGUACCAAACACUGCUGAAGAAACGUUUUCCGUUUCGUUUAAAUUAUUGGGAACCAGUUUGUAUGUACAGCAUAGUUUUCCAAAAAAGGGAUCAUCUUGUGGGAUGGUGGAUGAUUUAGAAACAGACCUAUUCUCAGAAGCGAUCAUAUCAACAACGACAACAUCGUCCAAGGAAGAAAAUGUCGCUGCCAAAAUGGAGUUAAAAGACCUUUUAUCUUUAGCAAAUGUUUUGGGUUUUAACGAGAAAGAAAUUGCUACCAUUUCUGAGAAAGCCAGUGAAACAACUGAUAGCGUGAAGGCGUGGGCGUGCGAGCUCAUCAUACGAUGGAAAGAUGCCGCUAGGAGAAGGGGUAUCACAGAAGAUUCUCGCAAGCAGCACCUCGCAAGUGCCUUACUGUCCGAUGAAGUUUCGAGAGAAGACCUUGCAGACAUGUUGCUUCAAACAGAAACUGCUCAAUCUCAGUAACUUGCGUAAUUAAUUGUGAGCAUGAUAUACGUAUGUGAUGUUGCGCUUUUACUUAUGUUAGGGUUAAUUAAUUGCAAUUGGUAAGCUGCAUAAUGCAUUGGUCAAGAUGUAGCUAUUAGGGAACUUUGUGUAGACGAGAAAUUUGAAAUGGGAAGUAUCGUAGCACUAGUAUUAUCCUAUAUGACUUUUAUGCGAUUUGUUUGCUGACAUUAGCAGUAUGUAGCUAGUGGACAUGGCAGUGCAUACGGCUGCCUGUUUAAUAUUAGUCGUAUGUUUUAAUUUAUAGAGUGUUCAAAACAAGUUAGUCUUGUCAA